CGCGGCCAAUAUGGCCGCGCGCUUGGCAUGGGUUUUGCAGAAAAAAACAAAGCUUUAUAGUGCCUUCUCCAAAUACUUUCCAGUUCAUGGGUUAAGAUGGCGUCAGUAUUCGUCCUCCACAACACGUCCUGGGAAUAUUACGUUAAAAGAACAUCUCAUUAGCAGGAUCAAGGCAUCUGGACCACUGACAGUUGCAGCCUUUAUGCAGGAAGUCUUGACAAAUCCAUUGUCUGUAAGUUGAGGCUUAUUUUUAUUAUGUUUAACUUUGAGCUUGGUUU